AUGGACAGGCUUCAACAAGUAAUCGAACGUGGCAAUGAAGAUGAGCUAUAUCGCUUGAUUGAGCAAGAGGCAGAUCUCUUUGAUCGUACAUUUGAGGACCCCGUCGCAAAUACUCCACUCCACGACGCUGCGGACAAGGGGCAAACUCAAGUGGCCAUGGAGAUGGCCAUUUUGAAGCCGUCGUUCGCUCAAAAGCUCAAUCGAGGGGGUCAUAGCCCUAUGCACUUGGCUUUGCGAAAGAAGCAUUAUCGCACCGCGAGGGCACUAAUGACCCUCAACCCCGAGUUGAUCCGAGUCCGAGGACAAGGUGGGAUCACCCCUUUGCAUUAUGUCGCUGGGGAAAAAGGAGACAAUGAGGAGGAGGUCCAGGCACUCCUGGAGCUCUUGGCUGAAUUCUUAUGCGCUUGCAAAUCAUCCAUCGAAGACUUGACAAGCCAAUGCGAGACUGCAGUUCACGUUGCCGUCAAGAACCACAACCUCAGAGCAUUCAAGGUUUUGCUUGGAUGGCUUAAGCGAGUCUAUCCGAGAGAAAUCUUGAAUUGGAAAGACCAAGAUGGUAACACCGUAUUACAUAUUGCUGUUUUAGAAAGGCAGCCCGAGAUCAUCAAGCUGUUGAUAGGCCAUGUCAAAGUAAAUGCGAAGAACUUCCAGGGUGAGACCGUGCUGGAAAUUUUCCAAGCGAAUCCUAGUGGCGAUCCAGGUCUUGCGAAGAGCUUGCGCUUAGGAUGCCUAGCAGGACUUUUUAGUCGCAACCUCCCUCUGUCACAGCUUUUAAGCGUGGAACCAACCCUCUUUGAGAAGUUCAAAUUUCAGUUCGGCUACCAAGAUGAAUCCGCUCGCGACAUAAUCCUUUUAGUGGCAACCUUGGUUGCGACCGCCACGUACCAAGUCGGGCUCACUCCUCCAGGAGGAUACUGGGGGGACAACACUCCAGAUCCCGCAGCAAAUUCCACCGUUGCCACCGCCAAUUCCAGCGGCGUUGCCGUCGAAAACCCACAUCAAGCCGGGAACAUUAUCCUGAACGGCUCGAAACUAUACCAGUUCAUGGCCCUCAACAGUACGGUUUUUUUGGUGUCCAUCCUCACAAUCUGGAUCACCGCUGUUCCCCUAUUGCCCCAGACUCUCCCGGUUUACGUGUUAGCGUCACUUGCUGGUUAUUCCUUCUUCUCUACCACUGUAAUCGAAUUCCCGAAGUCCGAUAGGACCACAGGAGAUCUCAUAGUGAAUUUUUGCAUGGUCCUGCUGGGUCUCGUGUUGGUGCUCCCCUUGUGCUGGCACAUAAGUUACCGCCUACUCACAGGUGGAACCGAUGCCGCAAGGAGACGCGUCGGCAACCUCCUAGAGCUGAAAGAUCGGAAAUAG